ACGUUUGAACCAUAGCGUAACCUCUCUGUAGCUCUACUCUAUCCGUGUUCGACUUGUAAAUAAGACCAGUUUUCCUAUUUAAAAAAUAAUUAAUUAUUAUGUCAGGACUGUGCAGUUCGGGAGAUUUCCUCGUGAACGAGUACGUCUCGGCGGGAUGCAAUCCUGUACCUGGCUGCAUGGAUUGGUCGUCCAACGGCCUCCUCUGCUACGGAGCUUCCCGUUCCGUCCUCGUCUACGAACCCCAGGUCAAAGGAGGGAGGAUCGUUGAUACGUUAGUGGGACAUACAGAACGGAUUAACUGCCUUUCCUGGGUCAGGCGUUUUGAUGGCACCGAGGAGACUGAACUUGUAUCCGGUUCCACAGACAAAACGGUCAUUGUAUGGCGCAAAACAGUGGACGGUUUUGCCCAAAGUUCAGUCCUCGUGGGUCACAAAGAUUCCAUCAAUGCUUUAGCAUGUGGUCAAUUUGGCGAAGAUACACUUGUCGUCACAGCAUCUGCAGACUCCACUGUCCUGAUAUGGAAAAGGGAUUGCAAUUCGACAAAUUUUCAGGUGCUUGAUACAAUUGAGGUAAAAGACAGGGGGUUUUGUUUCUGCGCGAGUAUUGCCCUUUUGCCGAAUUGCACAACUCCUAUUUUAAGCUUAUCCCUCGAUGAGAAGUCUGGAAAAAUCGUUUUGUAUGCAGUUGAUACGAAUGUUACAAAUCUGACCACCCUAAUUGGACAUGAUGAUUGGAUCAGGGAUAUGGACUUCAUUACAUUAACAAAUGGAGAGGCUCUUCUCGCAACAGGGUCUCAAGACUGUACAAUAAGGCUGUGGAAGUUUUCUGAACACGUUGAAGACAAAGAAACAGAUAGGCUCAGCGUUAAGCCCACCCUGAUUGAAAUCUCAGGCAAAAAAAUACAAAUAACUCUUGAGUCAAUACUCUAUGGGCAUGAAGAUCGGAUCUCUGGUCUCCAAUGGGCAUCCAGGCAAGAUGGCAAUGAAUUAUGCCUAAUGUCUUGUUCGCUGGAUCGUUCGAUAAUUGAGUGGAGCCCAGAUCCAGAAACAGGCGUCUGGCUUGAAAAAGUUCGCCUCGGAGUAAUGGGCGGGGACAGUCUUGGUUUUCUUGGUGCAAAGUACGGCCCGAAAAGUGACAGCAUCUUAGCCUACACCCAUCAUUCAGCGUUUCACAAAUGGAAAAAAAAAUCUGAUAAAUGGGAGCCGGAUGUAGCUAUGAGUGGACACAGAGCAGGUGUAGUAGACAUCGCUUGGGAGAGAGAAGGACGUUAUUUAUUAUCGACUAGUCUCGACGAGACAACUCGGCUUCAUGCGGUUUGGAAAAAGCACAUGGAAAAUGUGCCGUGUGGGAGAUCCUGGCAUGAAAUGAGCAGACCGCAGAUCCAUGGGUAUCUGAUAAACGCCAUCACUGCGCUCCCAAACUUCACUUUCGUCUCUGCAGCAGAUGAGAAGGUCGCCAGGGUGUUCAAAAUGCCAAACAAUGUUUUGCAAAAUUUGAACAAACUCUGCGAAUUCCAACUAGAAGAUAGUCUCCUUGCUGGCGGCGAUGUAAGACCGACAGGGGCAUCGGUUCCUGCCUUAGGGCUUUCAAACAAAGCUGUUUAUACUGGCGAAGAUCCAGCAGAUAAAAGCGAAGAGCAAACUUUCACCCCACAGUUGCUUACAGAACCUCCUACAGAAGAGACAUUAGUUCAGAAUACGUUAUGGCCAGAAGUUAUGAAACUGUAUGGUCAUGGAAACCAAGUUUAUGCACUUACUUCUACAAACGAUGGAAAACUUCUUGCCUCUGCUUGUAAAGCAACUAAUAAAAAAGAUGCUGCAAUAAUUCUUUGGGACACAGAAAGCUGGGAGAAACGCCAGGUGCUUGAAGGGCAUAAUUUGACUGUGACGAAAAUGUCAUUUUCUCCAGACGAUAAGAAACUUGUCUCGGUGUCAAGAGACAGGACUUGGUGCUUAUUUGAAAAACAAGAUGAAGAAUUUGUCUUAAAAGCGACAAUCCCUAAGGGCCAUCAUUCGAGGAUAAUCUGGGAUUGUUCGUGGACGUUUGAUUCUUUAUAUUUCGGCUCGUGCUCUAGGGACAAUUUGUUAUGUACAUGGACGAAUACGGGCGAGCCGGUUGGAUCACUCCGACACCCGAAUGAACAGUCGGUCACCACAGUCGAUUUUGCCCCAGCUGAAACCUUCGGAUCGAAUAAAUAUUUGAUGGCCUGCGGCUGUGAAAACGGGACGAUAGAUCUGAUUAUGUUCACGCCCGAAGGAAAUGACAGGCUGGUCAUCCUUUUCUCAUUCGACAAGUUGCAUACGCUGACAGUGACAAGGAUUCGUUUUAGGCCAAAAGCGGACAACGGGGAUGAAUUAUGUUUAGCCUCCUGCUCGAACGAUCAUUUGGUCAGAAUAAAUCACAUAAAUCUCACCCGCUUGAAGGAACUUUCUUGUUAAUUAUGACAGAUAUAAGAUAAAUAAGGGGAAAAAGUAAUAUUCAUGUCUGUGAUAAUAUUUAUCUUUAUUGUAUAUAUUUAAAAAAAUCUUUCUUAAUAGUAAAAA